AGGGGGCGGACGCGGCCGGCGCUGCCGCCGCCAUGAGCAAGGGCCCGGGGCCGGGGCCGGGGCCGGGGCUGGACCCAGACCCAGGGCCAGACCCAGGGCCGGACCCAGGGCCGGACCCGGAGCCCCCCCGCCACAGCGACCCCGCCGACCCGGGGCCCGGCGCCCCCGGCGGGCUGUUCGCGUGGCUGCGCGGGCGCUGCCUGGGCCGCGGGGCCGCCGUGGACCCGGCGCGGGACACGUUCGGCGCCAUGACCGGGCUGUACGGCGCCAUCCAGCCCGCCGACUCCGUGUCCCUCAGCACCCGCACGCACGGCGCCGUCUUCAACCUGGAGUACUCGCCCGACGGGUCAGUGCUGACCGUCGCCUGUGAACAGACUGAAGUCCUGCUCUUUGACCCAAUAUCUUCAAAGCACAUCAAGACUCUCUCUGAGGCUCACGAAGACUGUGUAAAUAACAUCAGCAGAGUUGCUGUGCAGGCAGCCCUGAGCACGGCGGUGUUUCCCUCCUGCCCCAGGUUCCUGGAUAACCGGCUGUUUGCAACAUGCUCCGACGACACCACCAUCGCGCUCUGGGACCUGAGGAAGCUCAACACCAAAGUGUGCACCUUGCAUGGCCACACCAGCUGGGUCAAGAACAUCGAGUACGACACCAACACCAGGUUACUGGUGACCUCGGGCUUUGAUGGAAAUGUGAUCAUCUGGGACACCAACAGGUGCACAGAGGAUGGAUGUCCCCACAAGAAGUUUUUUCACACCCGUUUUCUGAUGCGAAUGAGGCUGACACCAGACUGUUCCAAAAUGCUGAUCUCCACCUCCUCUGGUUAUCUUCUGAUUUUGCACGACCUUGACCUAAACAAGUCUUUAGAGGUUGGCAGCUACCCAAUUUUAAGAGCCAGGAGGACCACAUCGAGCUCAGAUGUGACAUCAUCAGGCUCCUCUGGCCCUCGAGCUGUGGGUUCACCCUGUCACCAGAACAACGCGGGGCCGCUCUCUGAGAAAACCUUGUCACGGCCCUCCCAGCGAGAAGGGGGAUCACCUAGAAAUAGCCUUGAGGUGUUAACACCAGAGGUUCCUGGAGAAAGAGAUCGUGGGAACUGCAUCACGUCACUGCAGCUGCACCCCAAGGGCUGGGCCACGCUGCUGCGCUGCUCCAGCAACACAGAUGACCAGGAGUGGACUUGUGUCUAUGAAUUCCAGGAAGGAGCUCCGGUGCGCCCCGUGUCCCCGCGCUGCUCCCUGCGCCUAACGCACUGCAUCGAGGAGGCCAACGUGGGCCGGGGCUACAUCAAGGAGCUCUGCUUCAGCCCCGACGGCCGCAUGAUCUCGUCCCCGCACGGCUUCGGCAUCCGCCUGCUGGGCUUCGACGCGCACUGCAGCGAGCUGGUGGACUGCCUGCCGCGGGAGGCCAGCCCCCUGCGCGAGAUCCGCUCGCUCUACUCCCACAACGACGUGGUGCUCACCACCAAGUUCUCCCCCACGCACUGUCAGAUCGCCUCGGGGUGCCUUAGCGGACGCGUCUCCCUCUACCAGCCAAAGUUCUAGGCACAGCAGCGGCACCUGGGGAUGGACAUUCGUGGGUUUUACUUCAGCUUAGUGGAAGUGUGCUCUCUCCAAAAUCUCUGAAUCCAGAGGAGGUCACGGUGACCGUGGUCUCGGGACGUGAUGAUGGGAGGAUUCUUCAGGUCAGCGCCGUGCGGAUCUUGGUCCUGCAUCUGCGAGCCUGCGGCCCCGCCAGCAGCCCUCUGCUCCUGCUGAUGCUGUGCCACGGGGCUGCUGUCCUGCUGUGUUUGUACCCUGAUACUUGAUUGUUUCCUUCAGCACAACUCCACUGGGCUGUUUGGAACAACACAGAGGGGCAGGGUGCCCAGGAACUCCUGUCCCAGAGGAGCUGGACUGCCUCACCUCUGCUUCCUCUUCUGUCGCUGAAACAACUCUCUGGUGAUUAGUAGAUAAUGGGCUGCUUGUCUACGUAAGCAACACGGUUAGUUACUCUCACAAAAAAAAAAAAAAAAGGAAAAAAAGGAAAAAAACAAAAAAAAAAAAAGAAAAGAAAGAAAAAAGAAUUUUGCUUUUAUUCCUAUGUUAAUGUGGUUGUCAUUGGCUAGAACAAUGAGUCACAGUGUGGCUUAGGCUGGCAGGGACCACUGGAGGUCACCCAGGCCCACCCCCUGCGCAGGCAGGCUCCCCUUGAGCCCACCACUCAGCACUAGGAAGGGCCUGGCCCAGAGGAUCUCUCUGGCUUCCUGCAGCAGGGCAGCUCUGGCCCCUGCUCUGACAGGGUUCUGUUGCAGGGGACUUUGCACAUCCCCCCACAUCUGAAACAUGCCGGCUUUAUGGUGAUGUUUGGGUAUUUCCCACCUGGCUGUUUUUCCACACACGCCUUGCCUGCACUCGUGUCGUGGGAGAAAUGAAUUUGGAUGUGUCCCUGGUAUCUCCAGAUGAGCGUUUCUUCACAUGUGCUGUCAGUUUGGGAGGGGAUUAAAAGCAAACCUGUCAAAAGUGA